CCGGUGGACCAUAAUAAUCGUACAUUGUAGAUCGUACUCCCCUCGCGUAACAAUAAUGAACCGCCGUCAGUUUCGUAGAGGUUUCCUGAAACGUGUAAACAAUUAAAUGAAUUUAAACAAAUAGAUCAGUCAUCAUGGUUUGACGUCGUGUGUUGGCUGGGGGGGUAUCAGCCUGCGGUGCAGUGUCCGUCCACGUCGAAUGUUUGUGGAUAACUUAGGUUAGGUCAUUCAAUUUAAUCGGAAUUGAUGUAAAUUGGAAUAAUGGCACUGGAAUUUAUGGUGAAUCGGGUGAAGGCACUGGUGGUGCUGCUUCUGGGGGUCUUGAGACGUGCCUUAUGCUGUCUCAGAAGGAGGAGGAGAUCAUCCUGUGAUUCCAUACCACUCGCAGGAGUCGGAGUCGUGCCUAAUUCGAGCAGUGGUCGAGUGGAACAGGAGCAUUGGGAUCAAUGGGACGAGAAUCCAGUAGUGAUCGUCCCUGACAAACCUGUCAAUCAGAUCCAGAGCAAAAUUGACCAGUACAGGCAACAGAUUGCGAAACCUGAAGUAGUGGAGGAACCACAAAUCAAUUUCUUUGAGGAUAUGGCACCAAGAAUAACAAAGCAGAAGAAGGUCCUCAUUAGAACUAAGUCAGAGGAGUCUGGAGCUAAUCUCUCCAAGUUUGCUAUUGCAGCUGAGAGAAUUCCAACGAAUAAUCUCGAAGUGUGGGACGAUAACGCGGCGACGUGGGAGGACGAGACUGCGGAGGAAUUUGGUGAUCCGACUGAGGAGCUCAGGCGACAGAAGCGUCGGGAGCGUGAAAAAAAAUUGUACGAGCAGCAACAAAGGCGUAUGGAAUACAACUUCAAACCACCACCACUGGGGGAAAAAAUAAUCUCCUGAUCCUGAUCGUCAAUUCCCGGCAGUCGUGAACGGGCCAAAAUCGAUAUUUUUGAAUUUUUUUAAGUCUAGCUCAUUGAGUUUGUGAUAAAAUUAAAUCGUUUUUUCUGUGAAAAAUUCCCUUCCCUUCUUCCUCUUUGGGACGAGAAUCAAUUGCGAGAGUACAUAAUGUCAAAUGGGCUCAUUAUGCUCCGCAAAAAAAAUUUUAUUCUGGGCGAGCCCCAUUUUUCGUGCAAUAAUUAAAGAAUUUUCCCAUAAACUCCAUCCGGGCAUUUUCCAUUGCUUUCCCUGUGUUAUUCUCCCAAUGAAUUCGCAUUUCAAAUCACUCAAUUAGCCUCAAGACUUAUCCUCAUGAUUUUUGUGCACUGUGUGACCAAUUCGUGAUAACAAUAUCCUGAAAGUCAUUAAAUGCAUUCCACCUCGAUGAUUUCAUCAUUGCAUUUGUUUCCCUGUUUUAUCGUCCACAAUUGUGUUGAUUUUUUGUUCUAGAGUAAAUGCGUUAUAAAUACAAAUAUCAAAAAUGUUUUUGAUGAAAUGCGAUUCUAUUGAUAAAAAAAAAUAUUGUACAGAGAAUGUGAGUUUUUAAAAAUUUUUUCCUGCAACAAAAAUAGAUCAGAAUAUUUACUAAUA